AUGUCUGUUAAAUAUGAUUUUACGGGUCGAGUGGUGUUAAUCACGGGCUCGGGUUCGGGUAUCGGUGCGGCCACUGCUGUCCAUUUCGCCCAAUCGGGUGCCAGUGUUGUGGUCACCGGUCGGAGAGCCGACAAACUCACAGAAGUGGCCAAAGAAUGUUUGAAAGUAUCGCCGAAAGGCAUUAAAGCGCUGGAAGUGGCGGCGGAUGUGACCAAUAAGGACGACAUGAGACGUCUCGUCGACCAGACUAUUAAACAUUUCGGUAAACUUGAUAUUCUGGUCAAUAACGCCGGAGCCAUACAUAACACUAAACCCAUUGAUAAGGAUUUCUAUGAGAAUUACGAGAAAAUAAUGGCACUUAAUCUCAAUUCUGUGGUCUAUUUAACUCAUAUUUGUAUCGAGUAUUUGGAGAAAACUAAAGGAAAUAUCAUUAAUAUCUCGAGUAUUGGCGCAAAAAUAGCAUACUUAGAUAUGACCCCGUAUUGUAUGGCAAAGUGUGCGAUGGAUAUGUUCACAAAGUGUAUGGCAAGCGAGUUGGCCACCAAACGUAUCCGCACAAACUCAGUCGUGCCUGGAAUGGUUCGCACCGAUUGUCUCCUAGCGAUGGGCGUAUCGCAGACCGACUCCGAUAAACAUUUUGAGUCUUACACUAAUCUAUUGCCGGUCGGCCGAUACGGUCAGCCCCAAGACAUCGCUGACUCCAUACUAUAUCUGGCGAGUGACCAUGCUCAAUAUAUCAAUGGCACAUUCAUCAUGCCCGAUGGCGGCGCCGUUGCCGGCAAUGUAUUCCUAAGCGAUCUACUCGCUAAGAGUUUUGGCGAAAUUUAG